GAUAUUGCAGACAAUAAUUUUAAAUGAUUUGUUUAUAAUCAUGAUUGAAUAUUUAAAUAUUUAUUUAAAAACAGAUUAUAAUAUUAUUGAACAUGCUCAAAGAAACAAAGAUGUCUGCGCCCAUGUAAUAACAUCCGCAUAAACACACACAGCAGUAUUCAAGUUGUGAUGCACUUUUAGUAUGGUGUGGAAUGAAGUAUUGCAUGUAUAUUCAAUAUGAAGGUGUUUUAUUCACUGACUAUACUACCAUGUAGGUUAAUUAGUAGUAACUUCAAUAUUUCUCGUAGAUUUACCCUUCUUAAGCCUAAGCAAAUUCUCUCUCGACGCAGUUUGUCGGAUUUGGCACACAGAGGGAAGAUGGUCGUUGGCACAUUACAUCAGACGGAUAGGGCUGGGCCUAGUAUAGAUUUACGUGUAGACGGAAACUUAUUUUCACACAAAAAUACAUGCAUUGCACCUAAUCCGAGUUAUUAUGAAGUCUACAGACAUUUAUUGAGUGUUUUGAACACCCAACCUGUGAUGAUGACAGGAAAAAAUAGAUGUUACUCAACGCUUUCUUCAGGUUCAGACAGGAAGCAAAAUCAAUGCACGUCUACAUUAACGUAUACAUACACUAGAAGAAAGAUCCAAACAAAAGCAUCAAAAGUGACCAAAAAAGUUGAGGAAAAGGUGAAAGAAUGGCGAGAGAAUAUCAUGACUGUGCCGAAUCUCCUGACGACAUCAAGGAUUUUUCUGUCACCUGUACUGGGAUACCUAGUACUCAAUGAAUACUACUCACUCAGCUGUGGAUUAUUUGUACUUACCGGCAUAACUGAUAUGCUUGAUGGCUACAUUGCACGAAACUUCAAGAAUCAGCAAUCCGUCCUUGGCUCAAUUCUUGACCCUAUUGCUGACAAGCUCCUAGUUGGAAUAUUGAUGAUAUCACUUUCCAUGCAAGAACUUAUACCAGUUCCUUUGACAGCUUUAAUCAUCAGUAGGGAUAUUGCAUUAGUACUCGCUGGCUUUUACUACCGGUUCACAUCGUUACCGCCUCCAUUCACCCUGCAGCGGUUCUUCGAUGUGAGGCAUGCUACUAUACAGAUGCAACCAACAUUCCUUGGGAAGUUGCACACAGUUGUUACAUUAGCGCUGGUAGGAUUCACUCUUGGUGCUCCUGUCUUCAAUUAUGUGGAUCACUCCUACAUCCAAAUGCUAAGGUACACUACUGCAUUGACAACCAUUGCAUCUGGCCUGAGUUACAUUCUCUCUAAAGAUACAGUCAAGUUUUUAAGAAAGAACAAAUGAACUUAUCAAGAUUUUAAAAAAUGUAUGAUUAUGUAGAGUGAAACCAUUAUGAUGUGAAGAUCUUAACACAAAGCUAACCUCAACUUUUCAUGUCCCUUGAGGGUAUAAUAAGCUUUUAGAGAUGAGAUUAAUUGGUUUCCUGAAUCAUUUAGUUGAGGAAAGUAUUGUAUAAAAUUUGUUUGAAAGGUUUGCUUAAAAAAUUCCUGACCAUCUAUAUACUGAAUUACCUACAGUAGUAUGAUAUUCCCCACUAAAAGCAUAACUGCCCUCAACAUUUAAUAAAUAUAAAAUACGCUGUUGUUCUUGACAAUUAUAAAUUAUAAAUUAAUAAAUAUAAAUAUGCAAAAGCUCUAGUUUUAGGAGUUUUAGCAUACAUUAUGCUAUAUGUAAUCAUUUUCAAGGCAAAAAAUCUCGGAUUUCAUUUCGAAAUCGAAUUAAACUACAUAAGUCAAUAAUUUUUAAAAUUGUGGUCAGUCCUGUAAAUAUGCUCAGGUUCAGU